AUGGCCGAGAACGAAGUAGAUGCCAUUCUUCAGAACUACUUCGCAACCAUUGCGGAGAAAGACUCCGAUGCGCUAAAGCUGUAUGAAGACAACAAGCGCAUGCGCCACCUUGUCGAGCAGACGCUGAAGGCCCGCGAAGAGCUUGAGGCACAGCUUUGCGCAACGCAGCUACUUGUCACAUCGCUACAGACCGACCUGCGCGAGAAGCAGCACCUCAUAGAAGCACAAGAAAAGGCUAGUGUCGUCUGGUGUGACAGCGUUGCGGAGCUGAGAAGCAUCCUUGGCCGUCCCUCCGAGGUAAAGCAGGGGCUGUGCGACGUCGUCGACGACGUGCGACGCAUGUUCGCUGAGCUGCGAGGCCUUCAGCAAAGCAUGCAGUACGCACGAUGGUGCUGUGACGAGUGGGAAGCGUACGUGUUGGGGUCACUCAUUGCUUCGGAAACCCGCGAGCGCCGCGUGUUCGAACACGCAGCAGCUCACUCACUUCAAGCGCUGUGCGAAGCCGCCGCUGAGGUUUUCAAUGUGCGGAUGUGGGCCGCUGCGCAGAAAGCGGCCACGGGCUCCACGAUUGCGCACUGGGAAGCCUGGCACGCGACGACUCAGCAAGAGCACGAGAAGGCUGCAGAGAAGCACGCACAGGCUCUGCGUCGAGCCGAGCACGAGGCGCGUCAUCAAGCCCGUCGUGCCGAAGCUGCCCAUCGAAAUGCGGAGGAAAUGGCGCAGUUGCUGGCAGCUCAGCAGCACGCGGAACGUGUUGCUCACGAGUUGAGAGUCGUGGAGGCAGAGGCGCAAGUGAGCUUAGUAGACCUGCUCGUCCGCCGCUGCACCGCCGCGGAAGGAAACUGGUGCGACGCUGUGCUUGAAGUGCGCACCGUCACGUGCCGGCUGAAAAAUACCAUGGAAGAGUUGAGUGGCCUGUCCCAGACGCACGAACAGGCCCUUGUGGAGCUGGAGCAGAGCCGCUUGCGUGUCUCGAAACUUUCGAAGAAGGUGGAGCAGUUCAAGGAGCAGCACUCAGAACUGGAGGAGCUGCAGCAGCGUUGCAGUUCGCAACAAGAAGAGCUGCAGAGCCUUCGGGGCAAGUACGUAGCCAUUGCAGACAAGGAGCGCACCCUGCGAUACCAGCUGAGCACCUCCACGGAAUGUGCCGCCGCAAAGCUGCUGGGGGUGGAGGAGUCCCUCCAGGCGGCCGAGCGGCGCACGGCUGUGCUGGAAGAGCGCCUCCGUGCCAAGCAAGAAGAAGCUCGGGCGGCACAGAACGACGUUGCGGCGCUGCGGCGACAAGUGGAGCAAUAUCGCACGACAGAUGCCGUGUUGCAAGCCACACAACAGCAGCUGCGCGAGACCGAAAAACACGCUUUCAACUUUCAAGAAGCAUUGGAAACGUUGAAGGCGGAGCACCAGGAGCAGCUGCAGGCCGCACGCGACCGUCAUGCGACAGAGAUGGCCGCACUCGCUGAGGCCAACGAAGAUGCGCUUCAUACCCAGGCUGCACAUGCUCGUGCGCGCGCCGUAGAGGCAGAGGAACGCGCGCAGCGGGCAGAAGAGACUGCUGUGCGUGAAAAGGAGGCCCUGCAGCGAGAACUGCAAGCGUGGACGGCGGAGGUGGACACGCUGAAGUCGGAGCUUGCCAGAGGCCGCCAGCGUGCUGAGGCAGAGAAGACUGCAAGAGAAGUACUCGAGCAGCAGAGCCGCAGUGAGUCAAGCGUCUUGCGCAGCAUGGUUGAGCGCAGCUUCGAUGAUGCGCGACGGGGCCCGCAAGUGGCAGAGCUGCAGACGCGCAUGAAGAGCCUCCAGCAGCGCAACCGCCUUCUGGAGGAAGCGUGCCGACGCAGUGCCGGUGUCAUUGCACAGCUACGGGAAGCGCUGCAUCGUGAACAGAUGACGUCACGCACGUUGCGGCUGACAGGCAACUCCCUGUCUGCGUAA